AUAUUUGUAUUAGGCGCCAUUGCAACUCACGCAUCCAAGUCUUUGCUAGGGUUUUAGCUGCUUUCCCUGAGACUGUAAAGGAGCGGAGUUCGUCGUAGAAACAGGAAGUUAAGCAGCCAUGGCUAGCACUAAAGUUCAGAGGAUUAUGACCCAGCCCAUUAAUCUCAUUUUCAGGUUUCUUCAGAGUAAAACGCGCAUUCAGAUAUGGCUUUUUGAGCAGAAGGAUCUGAGGAUUGAAGGACGUAUCAUUGGUUUUGAUGAAUACAUGAAUUUAGUUCUGGAUGAUGCUGAGGAGGUUAAUGUGAAGAAGAAAACCAGAAAACAGUUGGGGCGGAUUCUCCUGAAAGGCGAUAAUAUUACUCUGAUGAUGAACACGGGGAAAUAAUCUCUCGUCUGUUGGAGUACUAAAGCUGGUGGCAUCUUGUAUGUGUUCACCAGAUGCGAGUUGAAACCAUGUGACCUCAUGAAUGACAGAAUUGCAUGGCCCUGGCUUUCAUUUAGAAUGUGUAUGUUGCUGUAGGUAAUAUUUGACAUGAUUUCAUCGUUGAAACAAAUGCCUUGAUGGUUGUAUGAAAGUCUAUUCAUGAAAAGUAGGAUCUGGGCUCCUCUCCA